CUUUUUAGAAAUGUAUAUUGUUUUUGUUUAUAAAAAAUAAAAUUGUAAAUAUUUCGUACUAAAUCUCAGUAAUUUUGGAAUUUUUUUUCAUUUUAUUUGUUUCAAAGCGUUAAGUUUUUAAACCAUAUAGAUGAAAAUAAACUACAAUAAUAAGAAAAUUAAAAACAAUUAUUAAUCAUAUUGAUAUUGAACAAUGGAUGUGGUUAUUGAGAAAAAAUUGUCAGGAUAUAAGCAAAUUGCACUUGAAAAGCUGGAUAAUAUUCUUCUUACAAUAUUUGGACGAAAAGAUCUGAUUAUAGAGCCUGAAAUAAUAAGGAUCCUUGACUCAUUUGCAAACAUGGCAUGGUUGAAGUCAAAAGGAUUUGAUAAAAUAUUUAAGCUAUCAUCGACACUCCCACCAAAAACCAAAACCUUGGUCUAUAUGAUAUUCGCAAAUUUAGUAACAUUUAAACAUGUUUUGGAUCAAAUUUCACUUUUGAAGUCGUCAAGUUUGCUUGAAAAUGAUGGAAUCAAAGAUUUUCAUAUCAUUGUUGUGCCUAGUUUAUUUUUUGUAUUUCGUAAUCUCGUCGAAUCUGAAGGAUUUGCUGGAAUUGUCAAUUUGCAUAGUUUUUCGUGGGAUUUUUUAAAAAUUGACAGAAAUCUACUUAUUCUCGAAUUUCCAUCAACAUUUCAGCAAAUCUACAUUCAAAAAGAUAAAAGCUUGCUUAGUUCUAUUGCUAAAUCUCUUCGAGUCUUUACAAUGGUCCAUAAACGUCCAAAUAUGAUCCUUACAUGCGGACAAAAUUCGGAGAAAGUAGUUGAAAUGCUGAUGCAAUUAAAGAAACCAACAAAUAAUGAUAAUCCAGAUUUUAAUGCUAUGAUUGUAAUUGAUCGAAAUGUUGAUUAUCCAUCAUGUCUACUUACACCGGUUACUUAUAGUGGACUAAUGCUAGAACUGUUUGAUAUGAAAGCUGGAAUUCUGAACAUUGAGGGAGAAAAUAAAAUUUCUAAUGGAAAAUUGGAUAUAUUGAAAGAGGAAUCAAAGCAAUUAGAAAAUCAUGAAGACAUUAAAACACUCAGAAUGUGUGGGACAUCAGACGAACUGUAUACCGCAAAUAAAUACAAGCAUUUUGCUGAAGUUGUGAAUAUUAUCAAAGCUGAAUCAAAAAGUUUGGAACAAGAAAAGCGUAAAUAUUCACGUGACAUGAAUCUCGAUCAAAUGAAAAAUUUUGUAGAACAAAAUUUGCCUAGAGUUGCAGCUCAAAAAAAGGUUUUGUACAAGCAUCUGAUUAUUUGUGAGAAAAUUGUUCAAGAAAUGAGUUUAAACUUUGAAAAGCUACAAAAUGUUGAAGAAAUGAUUUUAAGGUAUGAAAAUCGAAAGCAAAUUAUUUCAUUUAUUGAUGAAAGCAUGAGCACAAACGCACAUAAUUUAAAUGUUUUAAGAGUCAUGGCAUUAAUUCAUAUUUUCAAUGGAUAUUCUGGUGACGAAAUUCACCGAUUAGUUCAAAAUUAUUUAAAUGCUUUUGGACAUAAAAACAUUCACAUCUUUCAUAAUUUGUUUAAAGCUAAAUUAUUUCCAAAUAUUUUAAAACCUAGUUCAACUAAUUUAAUUAAAAUUGCAUCAAAUUUAACUAAGAAAACUCCAUUUAUGACAGAUGCAAUUAAAUUUAAAUUAAUUCCAAUAAUUGAAAAUGAAAUUUUGGAUAAAAAAAAGCCAACAGCAAGAAAAAAAUGUCCAAGUUAUGUCUUUAAUGGAAAUUACAUUCCAUACAUUGCACAAGUAGCCCAAGUUCUACUCCAAGCUCAAAACUUUCACGAUAUUUCUCCAAAAUUAUCAACUUUCGAUGUAAAAAUUUUAUGUAAUGAUGAGAGUAAUCUAAAAAGUCUUAACGAUACACAAAAUGUAAAAUUAUUUCCACUAAAACCAAAGACAAUGUUUAUCUUUGUUAUUGGUGGAAUCACUUAUGCAGAAGUUGCAGCAUGCAAAAUCAUUGAAUCAUUAACUGGAGCAACUAUAGUAGUAGCCAGUGAUGAGGUCACAAACGGAAUGAAUCUAAUUAAAAGUGUAUCGUGAAAUAAUUUUUUAAUUAAGCUUUAAGAAUGUUUAACUGAAAAAAUCUCAUAAGAUUUUUUAGGGCAUUUGCGAAACUUGUUUCUAAAAGGUACAUUAAUAAUGCACUUUGUUCGGCUGCUCGUUCGGGCGAAGAAAAACUUUUUAACCAGACUUCGUAGAGAGCUCGGGUUUGUUUUAUUAGCUCAUUUCUAUCGAGUUAUUUUUUUUUCAAGAUUGAUUCCUUUCAUUGCAUUUUAGUUUAAACUAUUAAUACAAAAAAAAUAUAAGAUACAUUUAAGAAGCUUAAUUACUAUAGUUUUACAUAUCACACCACAAAUGCUUUAAAUAAAGAUGCUCUUUUAAAUGAGUUUUGAAUAAAUUAAUGCUUACAAACUUCUUCACUUCAACUGGAAUAUUAUUAAACUCUGCAAGGGCUCUAAUACAGAAAUUUUGAGCGCCAAGUUGAGUGUUUGUCCUUUGAAUCACUAAAUUGUUGGCGUUUCUUGUGGCAUGCCUAUGAAUUUGGCUUACAUAUUGAAAUGGUAGAUUAAGUUUUGCAGUGUUAUUUAUUAAUUUAAAAACUAAAAUAGCUGAUGAUAGCUGACACAUUGCUGAGACAGGCAAUACUUUUUCAGAAUAGAGUUCAGUACGUUUGCAAAGAUUUGGUUUACAGAAAACAAUUCUUAAUGCUUUCCUUUGUACAAUUUCGAUUGAUUCCAUCAGGUAUUUAGGAAUCGGUGCCCAAAGGACAUUCAUAUAGCAAAGUCUGGAUUGAACAUACGCGAAAUAAAGGGUAAGUGCCGUUUGCUCAGAAAUUAAUGGGCGUGUUCUUUUUAAAGCGAAAAUAAAAAAGACCAAUUUCUUUUGUAGUUGAUAAAUAUGAAAUGAAAACGAAAAUGUCUCAUCGAUUUCUAAUCCCAACAAAUUAGCAUGCUCAAGCCGUUCAAUAACUGUGCCAUUAAAUCUUAUAUUCAGGGCUAUUUCAUGAAAAUUUUCCUGUCGUCUUUUAUUGUGGAAAAGGAGAUAUUUCGUUUUACUUUCGUUUGGAAAUAGAGAAUGAAAUUUGAGCCAUAGUGGUGCCUUACGCAAAUCUUCUUCAAUAUAUUGCUUAAGUAA